AGUACCUCAAGGAACCUGCUUGUGAAUUGAGCAAGGAGCGGUCAGACAUUACCAAUUAAAAAUCAGUUAUGAUUCAGUGAAAUUAUGCGUCUCAGUGCGGUGAAUUGGUGAAGAGUUAUUAUGAAGUGAUGGAACCGAGCUUAAGCUCAAGCCAUGAGAACGAGACAAUGGGUCUCAAGCGCACUGUCUUCAGACUGAGAGCUAGGCCACCGCUCACUUGUUUGGAAAAAAUUCGCCUCCUUCCACUUGGCACACUCAUCACUCUUCAUUGAUCAAGGACCAACUGUCCUUUGGUGGGAACGCGACGAACUAAUUGAGGGCCAAACUGCUGCCAUUUCUCACCUUAUCUAUCCUCUUGAGUCUGGAACGCUCAUGACCACAUUUGGUCGACUACAUGCUUCAUUACUUCUUGGCUUUGCACGCUGACGAACCAGUGGAGACUUGAAAAAAGCGGGGAAUAUAAGGCACGUGGUGCCAAAGUAUGAACGGUAGCAUGAGCGCUAUUGAUUUGAGUGACCUAGCCGAGGGUCCCAAUCGAAUCUUCUUCAAUAACAUCUUUGAUCAAGACAUCAAUAUCUCACAACUGAACUUGGAGGAUCUCUUGCGCAAUGGGACGGAUCAGGGUAUUGGCAAGGUUUUAGACGACUUCACGGAGGACUUCACCAAAGGAGACGACCAAGUGUCACCUUUGGUAUUCUACCUCUUGAGUAUUCUCUACGGCAUUGUGAUUAUGAUUGGUAUCUCGGGGAAUGUCAUGAUAUUGUACGCAAUCAUGAGCAGAGGAGCCCUCAGAACAGCACGCAACUUCUUCAUUAUCAUCCUGGCACUCUCGGAUCUUCUAUUGUGCGUGAUGACCAUGCCCCUAACCCUGUGGGACGUGUUGAGUCGGAAGUGGCCGUUUGGUGAGGAUUUAGAAUGGCUGUGUCAGCUGGCCCAUUCCUGUCAAGGCACACCAGUCUUCAUGUCUUCCAUGGCAAUUGUUGCAAUCGCCGCCGACCGUUACCGUUGUAUCAUGCAACCUGAGCGACCUCAAUUCAGUACCAACACCUCCAUUUACCUCUCCAUUUUUAUGGGCGUGUUUGCCAUGAUCCUCUCGCUUCCAAUGUUCUUCACAGCUCGGGUCCGCACACUGGUAAUCUUUCCCAAUGGAUUGGAUAUGGAAAACAUCUUUAUCUGCCAAGAUACGUGGGAAGGCAGUUCCAAAGUGGUUUAUACGAUUGUGUCCUCCUGUGCUCAAUUCCUACUCCCCUUCAGCGUGGUCAUCGCGAUUUAUUUGUCUAUAUUUUUCAAGCUCAGAAAUAGACCUCGGAGUCAGCAUGCGGAAAACAAUAACAAGCGACGACGAGCCAAUAUGAUGAUCAUCGCGAUAACGUUGAUCUUUUUCGUGUCCUGGCUGCCCCUCAACUUGUUCAGCUUCAUGAUCGAGAUAUUCCCUCACGUCAUUCGAAAGUACAUCGAAGGCUCCGAGACCGUGAUCUACUCGCUGCUUCAUCUCUUCGGCCUUUGCAACGCUUGCAUCAACCCCAUUCUUUAUGGCUACCUCAAUGAGAACUUUCGGAAGGAGUAUAAGAAGAUUUAUAGGCAAAUGCCUUGGUACUCGACCAGCAGCCAUCACCAACCGGCCUUCCAUCUCCACAUAGUUACCCCGCAACAACACGAGAUGAUCACCCAGACUGGUCUCGAGGGAGGUUGUUGUAACAAUAAUAACUCGUCCACUCAUUUACAUGGAGGAGCUGAGGGCAAACCCUGCUUGGUCAUUACUUCCACGGAUCCGAUGACGAUCAACCCGUCUCAGGCCGCCUCAUCCAUUCUUCAGGCAGCGCGAAGACUUUCCUUGGCUGUGAUUGCGCCUCUUCAAAACGACCCCGAGGCCACUCUUGAAGGUCGAUCCACGAAACGACACAUGACUUUGGACGGCCUUGGUGAGGUGUCGGUGGAAACUGCGUUCAUCUCACAUAACUCUCUUUUGGAGACCAAACACCUGACCGAGGAACGCACUACACCCACGGAUCAAACGAAUACCAGCGCUUUCAGGACCGGUAGUGUCCGGGGCUUACGGCAACAAAACGAUAUUGACGACGAUAUGGAUAUGAAUUGUGAGGAACUCAACUCGUUACUACGACGAGAUGAAUUACACGUGAUAUUCGUGUCUGGGCCGAGGACGGAGAUGUCGAAAGAAAACCGUGUUUGGCGCCAACUCUCUGCGCCAGGCCGGUCACUUCCAGAAUGCGCCAAUAGCGGCGAGCCAUCGCCCAAGAAGUCGUUUGAGUAUCGUCGUGAAGUCGGGGGUGUAGACGAUUUCCGAAUGACUCAAAACGCCAUGGUGGACGUGGAAAUGGGCUCCGAGGUUCGGAUCCUCUCUGUCGGAUCGUUCCGAUCCACAGUCCAUCGCAAAUUUUCCAUUCCGGGCUUGUUCCAAAGCGCUCAGAGAUCACGCCCCACAAAGUCAGAGCCGGACCAAUUCAGGUCUUGGCCACAUCGCUACCUCUACAUGAACUGGAAGAAUAACUUCCUCUCCGGAACUAGCGGAGAUAAGAGCGUCAAUCAAGGCAGUCACCCUAUUGACCUUGACGGACUAGAAGAAACUCCGGUGUGAAGCAUCGUUGGAUAAUUUAACGUUGUACCUACCUCCCCACCCAAUGUGAUCAAUGUUUUCCUCCUCCAGGCUCUCCCCAGAGAAAACCUGGCAAACACAUAUUUGUAUUAAGCGCCCUCCCUUCAUUCAGCUCGCUGCAAAAAAACAUGACAGAUCCAAGGCUUUUCUUCUUGAGUUGUUUUUCAUUGCUUUUCCCAACCGGAUCCUCGAGGGUGACAUCUCCAAGAAAACCAAACAACGUUACGUGUCAAAUACGGAAUGGAGAAACGAACCCAAACCAAAUCAAAGGCGAGAUUUGCUCUGUCAGGAUCGUUUCCAAGUCGGUCUUGUUAUUUGUUGAACAAAAAGAGGAAUUUGAAAUGCUCAAGCUAGAUUUGAUCCGCGCAUCAGAAACCAGCCGUGUCAGCUGCUUCUGUUAUGUCCCUCAAACAAAACAAUUGCGAGACAGACUUGAUAUAUUUUGCAACACAUUCAUUCUGGGCAAAUUAAUGUUGAAUAAGUGCUACUCUGGGUGUUACCAAAACAUGAGCUUAUUUGUGUACCACCCAUGGUUUUCACUUUCCUGGUAACAAAUGCGCAAGUGACAUGGAUAGCCUGAAGUUGAUUGCAGUUUCGUUGGAUAUAAUGGGACCGGUCUUUGGUAAGUUCUGCAAUCCACCUCAAGGACAAAGGAUAAAUGCUCCUAUUGAUCCCGGUUGCUUGUCGUGAAACUUCUUGUAAAAGAGUUUUUCGGUCUACAACCGUUCUCCCAACUCCUAAUUGAAGAAUCCGUAAUUACCAACCUUUCCCAUGCCUUUGAUCUUCCACAGCUGGGAUAAAGUUGCAAUGGAACUGUUAUGUCAAAAGCGCUUGAAACUUCAAAGAGCAGGAAAGUUUUGAUAAUCGAGUUGAAAAUAAUGUAUUUUUCUCCACGAGUUGAUUUUUCAAACCUUUAUCAACUUUGUACCAGUAUUAAGAAAGUUCUGUAUUUUUCAACAAAAAUAUAGUGAUAAAAGUGGCUCUCGCUGGCAUUCCCAUAAACACUGAAGAUAUCCAGUUUAUCUCUUUGUCCUUUUGGUAGCCAUUUCUAAGGUAAAAUGAAUGAAAUGCCCUUAUUCUCCCAAGCGAGCGCAUUCGUGAUUUAACAAGACAAAUUGAAAGCCAAGCAAACUCUUUCUUGGACGUACUUGGAGUGUUUUCCUCUGCUGUCAGUUAAUCCGUAUUGGUAUUUGGUGCCUCCUAGAAAAGCUCUUUCUCAAAAGACCCAUCAACCUGUCUCUAUCCCAAGACCUCAAUUCACAAAAUAGGCAACUGGAAAUUCACUGAUUGCAGGUCGAACAGUGGAUUUAAACUAGCAUUUCAUAUCUGGGUAAAUGUUCAUAUGAAGGUGACUCCUUUGUUCAUGUGAUAUAAAAAAAACUCUCAUACUCUCAAUGUGAAAGAAGGUGAAUAAAGAUCUUGUCAAGUAAAUUGUUAAGCUAUUUCAAUUAUAUAUUAUGGAUAUUCUACAGCGUCUCAUCAUUUAGGUCUCGCAUUGCAAACUGUCUUUGUCAUCAAGGGCAAC